UUCACCAUGGGCUGCAAUAUUUCUAACAGGGUUGCCGUCACACAGCUGUCUUCUGAGGAGCUACAGUACAACCUGGAAGCCAAAAGCCAGACUGGAAAUGACAGUACUGCUGGAACAGAGGCUGUUCCCUCACAGGAUGAGACAGCUGGGCCAAUGGGCUCUUCAAAUGAUGGAGGUAAACCUGAAGACGAGACCAGUGAGGUAGACUCCUCUGAAGAACUACCAAAAAGAUUUGCAUCCUCUCAGAAGAGCAGAAAUGCACAAAGCACAGAGGCACUGCUCACCAGUGAGUUCAUCAGUAAAUCAUGGCCCCUACAGGAAACAGAGUGGCAAAAAUCAUCGGACAUUCUUGAGGAGCUGAGGAUGCAGGGAAUAAUCAAGAGCCAAACUAUCACUAACAGGACUGGAAAAGCGUAUGAAAACAAGAGAGAUGCCCUGGAAAAGACACUGAAGAAACCACCAGCUAGGUUGGAGAAAAUUCAGUUUGAAAACAAGGAAGUGGAUGAUUUUACAGUGAAGGACUUGAAGACAGACUUCUCCUGGAAGAUUACUCUACAAAUAUGUGUAAAAGAGGAAGCUUCUGGACAAGUCUUUACUUCCUAUAGCAAAAGAUGCAUCUUCCACAGACACCUGAAUAAAUUGACUAAAUGCAGUACUAACUGGAGUAACAUUUGGGUUAGGGAAGAAGAACUCAACAAAAUGCCACAACACAUCAUAUUUUUUCCAGCAACUGCCCACCAAGCUACAUGGAAACAAAAGGUCUGCCCAAGUUUUGAAAGUCAAGUACAGACACUCCUCAGUGUCACCUUUAGAUGGUGAGCCGGGGUACUGCUGAAGGAAAUAACUGCAGUAGAAGCCACAAACAAUCAUACCAAGGACUCUGUCAUCAAGUCUGAUAGUUUCAUUGGUGUAUUUACCCCACACAGAGACACAACCCCUCGUUUCAGACCUACAGACCUAGAGGACUCCAGCUUGCUUCGGCCAGCUGCUGCGGGCUUGCAGCGGGCUGCGCAGCGACGCGGCUGCGGCCGGCUCCCGAAGGCAGGAAGGGGGCCGACUGAUUUCAGCAUGCCGGCAAGCCAGCUAGGAGCCCUGCUCCUGACCACACACCGGCUUCGUUCUGGCUCUCAGCUGUUGACGCUGAUCGAGUUAGUUACUGCUGCGAGCCAAAGGAGCCGGGACCCGCAGGGUAUUUAA